AUGGGUCUGUCGGCGGUAACCGCAAGCCUCAUUUUGGCAGUACUAGGAGCACAUUACAUGCAAAUGAGCAAAGUCUACGCAGAUGCAGCAGAGUUUUUUGAUGUUCGUGACGCCACUACUGAGCCUCUACAUGCUCAAUAUCAAUACAUAGCAGUGGGAGGAGGAACUGCGAGAUGUGCCUUAGCAACAACCUUAUCUGAGCAGUACAAAGUGUUGCUCUUGGAGAGGGGUGGUACUCCGUAUGGAAACCCAAGAAUCGAGCGCGUGGAGGGGUUCUACAGCCGAGCUAGUGCAGCACAAGUGAGAGCGGCAGGAUGGAAGCCAUCUAGGGUUGCAGAGGCCUACCGCUGGGUGGAGAAGAAGAUUGUCCAUCCAGGAUCUCACGGAGUCUGGCAAACGGCCCUGCAAGAUAGUCUGCUGCAGACGGGCGUCACGCCCAACAAUGGCCUCAACAACGACCACAUCUACGGAACGAAGGUGGGCGGCUCGCUUUUCGACAAACAGGGCCGUCGGGACUCGGCUGCUGAUUUUCUGUCCUAUGCUAACGACAAACUCCUCACGGUACUCACCUUCGCAAAUGUCCAACGCAUCAUCUUCGAUAAUUCCGGUAAGAUCUAUCACGUUGAAAUCAUAUAUUCAAAAACUCAACCUGGAGCAUUAGGAAGUCCCCAAUUGCUCCUGUUAAGCGGCAUCGGCUCAUGUGAGCAUCUCGCUGAGUUCAACAUAACUUGUCAUGUAGAACUCAAUGCUGUUGGUGCGGAUAUGGUUGACAACCCCAAGAAUGCCAUUGUAGUUUUAUCGCCUACUCCUGUGGAAACCUCCCUGCUAUCCGUUGUCGGCAUCGAUAAAGAGUUCAUUAUUGAGGGUGGAAGUGGGUCGAACUUCUCUUGGCAGUUGCCGGGAAUGGGGCAGCUCAACUACGUUGCUCCCUCUCAGCGAACCCCAGACUUUAGGCGCAGCUUCAUCUUGACCAAGCUCUACGAUCCAAUCUCGUAUGGAAGCCUCCGCCUCAACAGCACGGAUAUCAACCGCAACCCCUAUGUGAAAUUCAACUACUACUCGCAUCCCCGUGACAUAGAAUAUUGCAUCUCAGGAGUCAAACGUUUCUACAAGUUGCUGCGCGCACCAGCGUUUCAGCCAUUCAGGUUCACCACAGUCACGUCCCUGGUAGCGUCCAUCUACUACCAAUUGAAGGAAGGCGAAAGCACCGAGGGAGCUUACCUUCCUGAUGUGUCCAACUACACGGAGACGGCAGAAUGGUGCCGAACUACCUUAACCACCAUCUGGCACUUCCAUGGAGGUUGCACUGUCGGGAAAGUGGUGGACAAGAGCUACCGAGUGUUCGGUACCAGGCCUCUCCGCGUUGUCGACGGGUCCACGUUCACUAAGUCCCCGGGCACAAAUCCGCAAGCAACUGUCAUGAUGCUCGGGAGGUAUGUCGGUGUGAAGAUUCUGAAAGAACGGCGAAUCACGCCGAAAGCAGCGAAUACUACAAACUGAUCCUUCGUUAGAACGAGCAACUGAACCUCCCUCCAUGGAAGCAGACCUUCAAUAAACCUGCAGUCCUGCCGUUCCUCGACU